AUGCAUCCGGCAUAUUUCAGCCUUCUGGUGGGUCUUCUCACCCAAACAUCUUCAGCCGCCACCACGAACAAUGCCUGCUCCGGCGGGUUGUAUGCCUUGUUCAUGCCCCUGAAACCGGACCCCCAGGUCAAGGCUUUUUGCAAUGCCAAGUACAAACCUGGCACCAAGACCAUCACUGCGACAGCUUCUAGGACUGGUCCGACCUCCACGGGCACGGUGACAGCUACUGCGUUGUCCACCAGCACCGUGACAUCCACCGUGACGAUAACGACAACUACCUACUCCUCCAUCAAUCCAUAUGCUAUCAAAGACAAGCGUGAAGCCACAACUACACCGGUGAACCCGAAACCCGAGGCCACAUUACUGCCACGAGGAAGAGACGCGUGCGUGCCCUUCCAGCCACUUCCUUGUGGUGAUGCACAGUUACUUAUGCUUCAGCCAGGCUACUCUCUACUCUGUCGGCGGCUGCGGCCAGUUUUGUCACGACAGUAUGCUCCUGCCUCUAUGGGGGCCCUGCUACUUUCGUUACGGAGGGACGGUGACUGCGACCGCGACGGCCACGUCGACAAACGCAGAGCGGCCACCAAACAACCCGUGCCAGACAGAUGCAAAUUGCCAAAACAUCAACGUCGUUGA